ACUAGUAAAUGAUAUUGGGAAAAAUGAAAAAAUGCAAGUAAAUAAAAGAGGAAAGGUAGAAUCACCACUGGAAGGCAUAGAAUUCCUGAGAGAAAGGAGAUGUCAGGUUCUUAAUGGCUUCUGAGGAGAUGUCUUGAAACACAAGUCAUAAAUCUGUCCAGGAAGAGGAAAUAAAUUCACGUGGGAAACCCACAGGAUCUUAGCCAUGUCCCAGGGGAACAGGCUGGAGCUACCAGGCCACGUGUCCAGAUCAUCCCCGCUGUGGGGCAAGAGUGAUUGGUAUUAAGCUGGUGAUGGUGGUCUCAUGGCUGUGUGCACUGAUCUCGACCCUCCUAAUUCUGCCUUCGUAGAUCUCCAUCCUUUGUCAGGGCAGAGCCAGAUGGCCGUGUCCCAGGAUUCCUCGUGGCCCAACCAGGUGGGAUCUUCAGGUUGGGACAAGGAGAAGAGGAGGCCAGGAUGGCAGCUGGAGAAAGCCCAACACCUGGAGGUGUCCAGGCUCCGGACACACAGGCUCCGCGGCCAUGGCUCGCGGGCCCAGCUGCUCCGCGGCAUGUGGGAUCCUCCGGGAUCGGGGCACGAACCCGUGUCCCCUGCAUCGGCAGGCGGACUCCCAACCACUGCGCCACCAGGGAAGCCCUAUGAAUUCUGGCAAGUUGGUGACCCAAUAGAUAAUCACAAGGAAAGCCAAGACAAACCUCUGUGGCAAGCUGCAUCCAUUGAUAAGGAAACACUGAAGGAUGGAAGUGGCCCAAAAUUCAGAACAUACAGAAAAAUCAUUUAUCCAAGCACAAACUUUGUUUCUGUAAGACAAAGACUCCCUAACUAUGAUUCAUGGGGAGAGUGUUCAAAACAUAAUUUAAAUUUUCUUAGUCAAAGUAGAAGCUAUGUAAGAAAGAAAGAUGAUGAAUGUAAGGCAUAUUGGAAAUUAUGCUUCCAUUCUAAUCUUGAUAAAGCUCAACCUGGAGAGAAAUUCUUUGAGCCUAAUGAACAUGGAAAAGCCCUCCACCAUAAGCAAGCCCUUAAUAAAUGUCAAAGAAUUCAAAUUGGGGAGAAAUUCUAUAAAUGUUCUAAAUGUGGAAAAGUGUUUAUCCAGAAAGCAAACCUUGUUGUACAUCAGAGAACUCACACUGGAGAGAAACCUUAUGAAUGCUGUGAAUGUGCAAAAACCUCCAGCCAGAAGUCAACCAUCAUUGCACACCAGAGAACUCAUACAGGGGAGAAGCCGUGUGAAUGCAGUGAAUGUGGGAAAACAUUUAUCCAGAAGUGAACUCUGAUUAAACAUCAGUGAACUCAUACAGGAGAAAAACCAUCUGUAUGUGGUGAAUGUGCAAAAGCUUUUAAGAGUUCAUAUCACCUUAUUAGACAUGAAAAAACACACAUUAGACAAGCAUUUUAUGAAGCUAUCAAAUGUGGUAAGUCCAGCCUUACACAUCAAAGGGCUCAUACAGGUGAGAAACCUGAGUGCAAUAAACAUGGGAAAGCCUUUGAUGAGACACCCACCCCCAUUAAACAUCAAGGAACUCAUACAAAAGAGAAACCUUAUGAGUGCAGUAAAUGCAGAAAAGGCUUCAGGGGAAAGUCACACCUUUCUGUUCAUCAGAGAGUUCAUACAGGAGAGAAACCCUAUGAAUGCAGCAUAUGUGGGAAGACUUUCAGUGGAAAAUCACACCUCUCUGUCCAUCAUAGAACUCAUACAGGAGAGAAACCUUAUGAAUGAAGAAGAUGUGGGAAAGCAUUUGGUGAGAAGUCAACCCUUAUUGUACAUCAGAGAACUCAUACAGGAGAAAAACCCUAUAAAUGCAAUGAAUGUGGGAAAGCCUUCAGUGAAAAGUCACCACUGACUAAACAUCAGAGAAUUCAUACAGGAGAGAGACCCUAUGAAUGCAGUGACUGUAGGAAAGCAUUCAGUAGGAAGUCAACUCUCAUUAAACAUCAGAGAAUUCAUACAGGAGAAAAACCCUAUGAAUGUAGUGAAUGUGGCAAAGCCUUCAGUGUGAAAUCAACUCUCAUUGUACAUCACAGAACUCAUACAGGAGAGAAACCUUAUGAAUGCAGAGAAUGUGGCAAAGCCUUCAGUGGGAAGUCAACUCUCAUUAAACAUCAGAAAAGACAUACAGGAGAGAAAACCUAUUAAUAUACUUUACUGUGAGAUAAUUUCACUAGUUAUACCUCAUUAUAUUAUAUACCAAUUCAUCCUGGGGAGUAACCUUAUAAAUAUCAAAAAAUGUCAAAAACUCUUCAUAUAUUUAAUGUUCAUUUAACUUAAUAAAAGGCACAGAAGUAUAAUUCCAGAAGCAUAUAAUAAAUGUGAUCAAUUUUUCACCCAGAAUUCUUACACAAGUGGAGAACUAUAUACCAGAGAAUUCAAAAGUGGCAAAACUGUGAAUAUAUUGAUCUGGAAAAGACCUUAGAAAGAAUUUAAAUGUCCUUGCCUAUCAGAGUAUUUAUGCUGAGGAAGAACAAAGAACUUAAUGAGUUUAGAAAACUGUGUUAGAAAUUAUGAGAGAAAUAUGCUCCAUAGUCUAUACCACACAUUUUGUGUGAAAGGUGCAGAGGCUGCAAACAAGCACUCAGUCAUUAAGAUAUGUUCACUGUGGAGUAGAGGAUGACAUUUUUGAAAGAAAAAUAUAAAGCAAAAAUUGUUAAUCCUAGCUAGGGCAAACUUCCAGUUUACUUCUUAAACAAAAUAGAAAAAUUGCUUCCUUAAGUGGUGUGAUGGAGGAUGAGUCAUCAUGAUCCCUGAAACAAAGGAGCUCAAACAGGAGACCUUACACAUAUUCAUCAACACUUUCAGUGCAAAAAUGCAAACCCCUUACAGAAAAGGCAUAUAUUAAGCUUUGACACACCUCACUUAGGAACAGUGCUUACAACCUAAUAUUUAAGGGUAAUCAUUUUAUGGUUACAUUUAUGCCUCAUUUUAUUAGUCAAUAAAAAGUCUUUAAUUUUCAGCUUAUCUCCCUUAACACAAUACUAUUUAAAAUAGAAAAAAACUAAAUUGACUAUCCAAUAGUCAAUUGAUUAAAAACUGACAUAUCAAUAAGAUAGAAUAGUAUGCACUAAUUAAAAAUUUUCUCAUGUUUGAGGAUUUGGGGAAAUGUUCAUGGUAAUUGGCUAAGUGAAAAAACAUAAAACAAUGUACCACAUAAUUUACAUUAUUAAAAAAAUACAUCAAGGAUGGAUAAUGCACCAUUAUAUCAGUGACUCUGGCUGACAGAAAAGUAGCAGUUUAUGCUGAGUAAAAUUAUUUGCACAUAUAUAUGUAUACAAAUAUAUUUGUUUUAUAUUUGUAUCUGUUUUAGGUAUGUGUGUAUAGGUAGACACAGAACAAAAAGCUCAGAAGGAAAUACAACAAAUUAUUAAGCAGAUUAUCCAGAUUACCACUUGGGUGGUAGGAUUAUUGAUUUUUUAAUUUUUUAAAUGUCAUCUGCAGAAACUACCAAUAAAAUGAUCUUGUGCAUA